AUGAAGACAAUCAGCAUUGUUGGCGGUAUUGCCUGGCCGAAACGGAAAUAUGAUGAAGGCGGCAGACUGCUUACAGUGGAGGCAAAGAAGCUCAAGGCUGCUGGCGCAGACUUCUUCUUGUUGACAUGCAAUACAGUCAACACCGCAGAUCAUUAUAUCACCAGCAACGUCGACUACCCUAUGUUACAUAUUGGCUAUACAUCAGGCUUCAAAACAGCUGGUCUCCUCGGUAGUCGAUAUACCAUGUCUGGAACAUACUUUGUGCGGCGCCUUGAGAAGAAGUAUAAUCUCAAUGUGCUAGUUGCAAAUGGACAGCAUGAAGCCAAUGUGCACAAUGCAUUAUACCACGAACUUGCCAAAAAUAUAUUUCUCCCGGAAACACAGAAAAAAUUCAAAUCAGCCAUUGCGGACUUUAUUGCGAGAGGAGCAGAAGUGAUCAUCCUGGCCUGUACAGAAUUUGGUAUGCUGGUUCAUGUAGAAGACAGUGAGGUUCCAAUUAUUGAUACCUGCGUUGUUCAUGCGGAGGCUGCGGUUGAUCUUGCUUUGAGUUUAUACUAAGACACAAAAGAUGUAGGUUUAGUCGUUG